AUGGACCUAAUUAACCUUAGGAAUUCGACUCUCUAUUAUGCUGCAGGCAUGAUGGCUCUCAACCCGAUUGCAUGGAAUAUAUUAGCACAAGUUGAAUACCGAUGGCACCUGGUCUCUACUCUCUUCGGAAACCAGAAAAAAGUGGCCUGUUUUGCAACAGCUCUCCUAAUCCUCUUUUUAAACGCAAUCAGGACUACACUCUUCCAUCAAGCAAUUGAUGAGCAACCUAAGCUCGCUCAUGACUCCUUUUUUACAGAUAUUCUUGCUUAUCUUUUGAUAGGAAUUGGACAAAUGUUUGUGUGGACUUCGUUCUACAGGCUUGGAUUUUUUGCCACCUUUUUGGGAGAUUAUUUUGGGAUUUUUACACUUUCUGAGCCUGUCACUGCAUUCCCUUACUCAGUGUGUGGGGAUCCUAUGUAUUGGGGGUCUUCUAUUUCUUAUUUAGGUUAUGCAGUGUUGGAGAGAAGUAUGACUGGGCUUGUUUUGACUGUGGUGAUAUGCAUAAUAUAUUACUUAGCCAUUCUUGUAGAAUCUCGCAUGCUUUAUAUAAUUUACUCAGAGAAGAACAAGAAAGGUAAUUAG